AUGUUUAUGAGUGACCUGGUCUUUGGCAUUUUCUUCCUCUCUCAAACGGCCAUUGGCAUCGUGGGCAACUCGAUCGCACUCACGAUGUAUGUCAGAGUCUUCCUAUCUCAACCCCAUCAGAAGAAGCCCACAGACCUGAUCCUCGUCCACUUAAGCUUAACCAACAAAGUGGUGCUCCUCAGCUGUGGUAUCCCGGAGGUAAUGGUUGCCUUUGGAAUGAAGAAUGUUUCGGAUGACCUAGGGUGCAAGAUGGUCCUGUAUAUGAAUCGGGUGUCCCGGGGUCUUUCCAUCUGCACGUCCUGUCUCCUGAGCGUGUUCCAGGCUGUCACCAUCAGUCCAAGCACUUCCCGCUGGGCCAAGCUCAAGCACAGAGGCCCCAACUGCAUCCUUCCUUCUUUCCUCUUCUUCUGGGUCCUCAAUAUGCUGAUCUACAUCAGAGUGAUCGUAGCAAAUCAAGCCAUCAGAAACGUCACCCUAUCAGGGAUUGUUUAUGCUUCCAAACAUUGUUUCAGUAGUGCUGGGGUAAACAACGAACUCAGUCAUUUUUAUCACUGGGCCAGUGGCUACAUGGUGACUGUGCUCUACCGACACCGUAAACAAGUCCAGCACAUCCGCAGUAGCAGCCUCUCCCCUAAACCCUCCGUGGAGACCAGAGCCACCCGGACCAUCCUGCUCCUCGUCACCUGCUUUGUUGGCUUUUAUUGGCUUAACUGCAUCAUCACUUUGUAUUUGACAAACGUGGUUGUAAAAGACCUGUAUUUGGAAGGCAUCAAGACCUUUUUCACUGCCUGUUACCCCACUCUCUGCCCCUUGGUGCUCAUCAAUAGUGAUUCACGGUUCCCCAGGCCACAGUGUAGCUGGGAAAAAUGGAAAAGCUCCUCCCCUUUCACAGAUAACAAUGACUGA